GGCGGCAGUGUUAUUCACGAGUAACGCGCCGUGGCGUUCCAUAGCCCUUCACUGUACGUCAGCUCGUUCGAGCGCUCUCAAACACGUCUCGCCGUUUGCGCGCGCCAGAAUUUCAAUUCCUGCGUACAGCGCACGACGAUUGUUCAUCUCGAUUAUUUUUUUUUUUCCGCGUCAAAUCCGUUUCACCGGUAAAGGUUCAACAAGAAAUUUAAUUUUUUUCUACCGUCAUCCAAACGGACCGCGUUUGCGAUAAUAUUUAAAUUUUUUCCAAACCGUCACCGACGACUGGCAGGGGCCCGUCCGACAACCCGUAUAUUAUUAUAUAUUUAUAAUAUUAUAUACUAUACACACUGUCGUCUACCGCGGUAUAAUAUUGAAUUUUACCACGAUCGUUGUCGAUACUGUCAUCAGCCGAACGACGUUUGACUCGGGAUACACACACACGUCUGUCCGUCCAUCAGUCACGACGGAGUUUCACGCAGACACCCGGUGGACGGAAACCACUGUCAUCGCAGGCGUUAGCGGUAUAUGAUGUUGGCCCGGCGCCGAAGACGCCGAUACCGACGUGACAACGCCACAGCGACCGUAAGGAAGACAGUGAUCAGUAGAGCAGCACCAGCAGCAGCAGCAGCAACAGUACCAGAGACAGAGACAGAGACAGAGACGUCCACUGUAAGACACAUCAGCAACAGCAGUGACCGUGCAUUAGUGACAAGGAGCAGACAUGACAACGACGGUGGGUCUGUUGUCGCCUUUGUUGCCUCCGUCCGCGGUGACCGCAGCCGUAGCCGAAGAGCACCAGCAACAGGAUUAUUAUUACGUGCCGCAGCCGCAGCCGACGCGCGUCGUACGCAUGAAAAUGUGGAGUGACGACGACGACGAAAACAAUUAUUGCGCCGACGACAAUUCGACGAAUAGUUUCUUAUUACUGAACAACAUGGGCAUUCAUGUUUCUCCGAUGACAACGAUAAAUACAAACAUGUCAAAUGAAACUGGCAGUGAAUCAAAUGCAUGUAAAAGACGAUUAUCCUCGUCAUUAGAAAAUGAUCAUAUUCCUAAGAUAGCAAGGCGUAUGCAUAAUAACGAGGAACUUUUGCAAAAUGAUCAUAUUGUCGAUCAAUUGGAUACGGCGUCUCGACUAGACGACGACGAUGCAACAUCAUCGAUUGUUGCUGCUAUAGCGUCUGUCACUGAUGAUUCAGAUUGCAGUAUUGACGAUGACGAUGACGACGAUGACGAUGAUGAUGACGAUGACGACGACGACGAUCAAUAUUUGCCCGCUGGUAGUCUGUCACUAUCCUCGUCCAACAGCAACAAUGUCACCAAUUCCACAAAUUCUUCUUCAUUAUCGACACUAUCGCCCUCCCAACAGCAUCACAAUCAGAACCACUGGAGGCAAAAUCACCAGCAGCAGCAAACUAUCAAAUGCGACACUAACGGUAAGUGUUAUUUGGACUUAGGUAGUGGUGGUAGCAGCACAACGUUGACAACAACCAUGGCUACAGUACAACCACGAAUCAACAGUGAACCGGAAUGUUGUGAACUGGGACGUUGUGUACCUUCGACGCAGUGUUACAGACGGCGUAGAGCCGCAGUGUUUGAUGCUUCAAUGCGCAAAUUAGGAAAAUCAAGUGGUGGGUCUGGAAAUAACAGCUCACAACAAAGCUGCGAAGCUGGACUCCGGAGGUCCGUGCUCAUUUGCAACACGCUAAGAUUGAUUGAGCGUGAAAUGUCACGAGAAGCUGCUGCCGCAGCGCAACAGGCUCAACAACGGCGUUGCUGUACAUCGACAACGUCGAAUACGUCACAGCAAUUGAUCCAACAGCAACAAAUCGAUGUUUCACACCAACACAACAACAAUAACAGACGAUCUCCUACACCAUAUCCCUCGGAAUACAGAAAUGGCCGACCGGAAAUGAUGGUUGACCACAAUAGCAGUAGCAGUAGCAGCAGCAGCAGUAGUAGCAGCACUACAGAUUCCAUAGAUUCUGGUGUCGACGAUGAAUACUAUUACGACGAAGAUGAAGACGAUGAUGAUCAUCAUAGCCAUACCACAGUAAUGGCAAAUAAUCAUCAAGAUCUGAAUAAUCAUCAUCUCCAAUAUUACCAUUUGAACGGAAGCAUCGAAGAUUGUGAUAAUUAUAUUCAUUCUGAUGAUUAUGACGAAGACGAUGACGACGAAGACGAUGAUGACGAAACUAAUAAUUCACCUUUGACGGAACUACAAAUUUAUGAUAACAGUUUCAAUAACAAAAGAAACACGGCGUUGAGUAUUGGCGAUCACCAUUGUGACGAUAACAUGCUACCAUUAAUGGGUAAUAGUAACACAACGACAGUUACAUCAAUCGAUUGGGGUUCAGUCCUAAGUUUGUCAUCGUCGAACAGCAGCAACAACAAUGGCAAUAAUUCGCAGUCUACAUCGCCAACUUCAAUUACACUGAUGAACAACAUGGAUAGCGAUUGCGAUGAUAUCACAACGAUAAUAUCUUCUUCAAAUCUAGAUCGCAAAUCCCAACAGCACAAACGUAGGAGGCGACACUAUAAACAUCAUUACCAUAAUAAUCAAAUGCAUACAAAACACAGACAUCACCAUUCCCAUAACCAUCAAAGGUCGCAAAAACGUCGUGAGCGUGGAACAGCAUCAUCAUUACCAAUGUCAAAAAACAGGACAUCAAAUUAUCAAGUUCUGUCGCAAGUAGGUCCUUGUAAUAAUGAAUAGAUUAUCUACUUUGUAACCGCAAUAAUACGCUCAUUGGAAAUUUGCUUCAAAUUUUAAAAAGCAUCAACACUUAGGUGUCUGGCUUUGAUAUUACAAUGGCAAACUAUAUUUACCUAGAUGUUUACACGUGUACCUGAUAGAUCACAUAUUAUAUAAUUAUUGAAUGCCUACUUUUAAAGGUACGGAUAUGCAAAUAGCAACCAACAAGGAUGGCUGUGUAAUAUUAUAACCAUCGGGCAGCUCAAUUAUUAUUAUUAUUUUUUAAUUUUUAUGUAGGUUAUGUUAUACUUUAUUAUCUUUUAUAGUAUAUAUUUAUGCGGACGUAUGUUUUUUUUCCAAAAUAAAUUAACAACCAAACAUUACUAAAUUUCCAUCAUAACACUUUCACUUUAACAAUUUGAUGUUUUGCAAUAAAUAUAUAUGAAUGCGUUGAUAUUAUGUCAUAUGAUAUGUUAAGAGACUCUUGUUACCAUUUUA